AUGAGCAUGAUCCCCUCCUCUAUUUCCUAUGGUUUGGAGCUGGCUCGUGCAAAAGUAACAGCAAACAGGGUAGCUGUAGUGGUAGCUAAUAAAUGGAAAGAUGCUAAUGAUAAAGUGAUGCCUGUAAAACAGUGGCUUGAAGAAAGAAGGUUCUUGCAGGGAGAGAUGCAGCAACUCCGGGACAAGCUCUCUGUAGCUGAGCGAACUGCGAAAUCCGAAGCACAAUUGAAAGAAAAAUACCAACUGCGGCUCAAAGUACUAGAAGAGACUUUGAGAUCAUCGAGCAAUAACUGCCGGAGUAUGUUAGAAGGAAGAAGUGUAAGCAACGGUCGUCGCCAAUCCCUGGGUGGAGCUGAUAACAUCUCCAAAUUGACCUCCAAUGGCUUUUUACCUAAGAGAUCACCAUCCUUCCAGUUGAGAUCUUCUCCGUCUUCUGGCACUAAUUCAGUAUUGAAGCAUGCGAAAGGGACGUCAAAGUCAUUUGAUGGCGGCACACGCUCAUUAGACACGGGUAAAGUUCUCUUAAAUGGGGUGGCUUCUAAUUUCAAUGACAGCCUGUCAUGUGAGGGAAUGAAGGACAGUGAGGUAAAUACAACCUGGAAAGGUAGUCCAGAUGAAAAACCCAAUGAAUUUUCAACAGUGGAUGCAGAAGAUACUGUUCCAGCGUUAAUAUAUGACUUGCUACAAAAAGAGGUGAUCUUGCUGAGGAAAGCUGGUCAUGAGAAGGAUCAAAGCCUCAAAGACAAGGAUGAUGCUAUUGAGAUGUUAGCGAAGAAGGUAGAUACUUUGACAAAGGCAAUGGAGGUUGAGGCCAAGAAGAUGAGAAGGGAAGUAGCUGCCAUGGAGAAGGAGGUAGCUGCGAUGCGCGUGGAGAAAGAACAUGAAAACAGGGCCAAGCGAUUUGGGAAUACCAAGGGUCCCACGAACAGUUCUCAGCUACUCAUAGGAAGGAAUGUAGCACGAAGUGGGAUGACACGCAGCACCCAGUAACAAGAUGGAGUUACAGCAGUAAUGAGUAAUCUGCCUUGGCCUGGACUUUGGUUCUUUUUCUU